CUGUGUCCGUAACCAUGACAGCGGCCUCCUCUCUAUCUCUCCUCCCCGCCCACUUCUCCUGCCCUGAGCGCUGAUAGGUGCAGCCAGUGUCAUUAACACUCCCAAGCACCGCCCCCAGGCUACACUGUUCUUAGAGGCCUGGGUUACACAAUAGUACGGAAGACAUCUGGUGAGUGUGAGACACCCAGCAGCCAUCUCCAUGAGUCAGGAGGAUUGAGCAGGACCCAGAGCCCCAUCCCGGUGCCUCCACCUCACUCACUGAUACAUGAGAGACACAGUGACCAGAAGAUCCUGGAACUCACCAACAAGAUCAUUCAGCUGCUGACUGGAGAGGAGGGGGAGUAUAUAGAGGAACACAGGGGUCUGUACAAGGACGUGAUGAUGGAGAAUCACCGACCCCUCACAUCACUGGAUGGGCCCAGUAACAGAGAUACCCCAGAGAGAUGUCCCCGUCCUCUGUAUUCCCAGGACUGUACAGAGGAGAAUCACAGGAUCCCACAGGAGGAUCAGGAUGAAGGUCUGACUAAUAUUAAGUUAGAAGAUACUGAGGGAGAAGAGACGUAUGUGACUGAUAUAAAGGCAGAAGAUAUAGAGGGAGAAGAAGAGACGUAUGUGACUGAUAUAAAGGCAGAAGAUAUAGAGGGAGAAGAAGAGACGUAUGUGACUGAUAUAAAGGCAGAAGAUAUAGAGGGAGAAGAGACGUAUGUGACUGAUAUAAAGGCAGAAGAUAUAGAGGGAGAAGAAGAGACGUAUGUGACUGAUAUAAAGGCAGAAGAUAUAGAGGAAGAAGAAGAGACGUAUGUGACUGAUAUAAAGGCAGAAGAUAUAGAAGGAGAAGAAGAGAUGUAUGUGACUGAUAUAAAGGCAGAAGAUAUAGAGGGAGAAGAAGAGACGUAUGUGACUGAUAUAAAGGCAGAAGACAUAGAGGGAGAAGAAGAGACGUAUGUGACUGAUAUAAAGGCAGAAGAUAUAGAGGGAGAAGAAGAGACGUAUGUGAGGGGUGAUCAGCAGUGUAAGGAGGAUGAGAUCCCUACAGAUAUCAGCACAGCAGAUAAACACAACAGGAAUAUCUCAGAGGAACAUUUAUCUCCAGCGUUCGAAACAGAAGAUAACAAAAACAUCAUACGAGAUUCUUCAGACGAAAUCUCCAUAACCCUAAAUAUACAUCCAGUACAUCGCAGUUCCAAUAUAUCAUCUGAUCCCUCUAAUCACGAGGAAGCUUCUAGCAGUAACUUGGAUUCUGUUACCCAUAGUACAACUCAUACUGGUGAUACAGUCUUCUCCUGUUCUGAAUGUGGGAAAUGUUUUAAACAUGAGUCAGUUUUAAUUAGACAUCAGAGAACCCACAAAAGUAAGAAAAUAUUUACAUGUUCUGAGUGUGGGAAAUGUUUCCCAUAUAGAUCACAUUUGAAAAAACACUGGAGAAUUCACACAGGCGAGAAACCAUUUUCAUGUACUGAGUGUGGGAAAUGUUUUACUCGGAAAUCAGAUCUUGUUAUACAUCAGAGAAGUCACACAGGUGAGAAGCCAUUUCCUUGUUCUGAGUGUGGCAAAUGUUUUACACAGAAACCAUACCUUGUUGAACAUCUGAGAAUUCACACAGGUGAAAAACCGUUUCUAUGUUCUGAGUGUGGGAAAUGUUUUACACGGAAAUCAGAUCUCGUUGAACAUCAGAGAAUUCACACAGGUGAAAAACCAUUUCCAUGUUCUGAAUGUGGAAAAAGUUUUACACAGAAAUCAUAUCUUGUUAGACAUCAGAGAAUUCACACACUUGAGAAGCUAUUUCCAUGUUCAAAUUGUGGGAAAUGUUAUACAAAGGAAGCAUAUCUUGUUGAACAUCAGGGAAUACACACAGGUGAGAAACCAUUUCUAUGUUCUGAAUGUGGAAAAUGUUUUACAUAUAGAUCAGGUUUCAAUAAACAUUGGAGAAUUCACACAGGUGAGAAACCAUUUACAUGCUCUGAGUGUGGGAAAUGUUUUACACGAAAAACCUAUCUUGUUGAUCAUCAGAGAACUCACACAGGUGAGAAACCAUUUCCGUGCUCCGAGUGUGGGAAAUGUUUUACACACAAAACACAUCUCCUUGAACAUCAAAAAAUUCAUAGAGGUGAGAAACCAUUUCUAUGUUCUAAGUGUGGGAAAUGUUUUACACAAAAAACACAUCUUUUUGAACACGAGAGAAGUCACACAGGUGAGAAACCAUUUCCAUGUGCUGAAUGUGGGAAAUGGUUUACUCGAAAGGCAUAUCUUGUUGAACAUCAGAGAACUCACACAGGUGAGAAGCCAUUUUCUUGUUCUGAGUGUGAGAAAUGUUUUACUCAGAAAUCUUAUCUUGUUGCACAUCAGAGAAGUCACACAGGUGAGAAGCCAUUUCCAUGUUCUGAGUGUGGGAAAUGUUUUUCACAAAAAUCAGAUCUUGUUACACAUCAGAGACGUCACACAGGUGAGAAACCAUUUCCGUGCUCUGAGUGUGGGAAAUGUUUUACACAUAAAUCAGAUCUUGUUAUUCAUCAGAGAAUACACACAGGGGAGAAACCAUUUUCAUGUUCUGAGUGUGGGAAAUGUUUUACAUACAAAUCAACUCUUAUUACACACAAGAGAAGUCACAUUGGUGACAAAGCUGUUUCCUUGAGCUGAUGGGCAUCAAACAUGGUCGAAGAAAUUGAUAUAAUUGCUAAUAUUUUGAAAGUCAUUAUUUAAAGAUAAACAUGAAUUAAUUUACAGAGUGUUUGCUCAAAGCUUUAUGUCCAUCACUCACUUAUUGAGGGUAAUUGAAAAUUCCAGUCACGUUACUAGAAUGUAAUUACCAGCCAUAGACAUAUAAAGUAUGUCAUAAACAGAAGACUGCAACAGAUCACUAAUGUGUGGAACUUAUUAUAUCUGUAGGUCGCUUAUUUGAUCAGGUUUCAACAUCAUUCAGACAUCCUAGUUACAUAGGGUCCACAAGUCAUUUAGAAUCCCAGCAAUGGGCUGGAGAGGUAAUGGGGCACUAUUAUGUUUGGUCAUACUCCCUAAUUAAAGGUAUAAUUAGUUCUGUAAUACGUUAUUGGUGCUUCAUAAUAAAAUAUAAUAAGUACCACCCUGCAUUUAGUAUUUUAAGACUAAUAGCCUAAUUAGUGUAUGCUGUUAUUUGGUAGCUCAACAUCCAUGAGAAGUCUUCCCAUGUAAUCACCAGUGACAUCACUGAGAGUGCAGCCAAUCUAGUCACUAGGAGCCAGUGGCAUCACUGAGAGUGCAGCCUAUCCACUCACUAGGAGCCAGUGACAUCACUGAGAGUGCAGCCUAUCCACUCACUAGGAGCCAGUGACAUCACUGAGAGUGCAGCCUAUAUAGUCACUAGGAGCCAGUGACAUCACUGAGAGUGCAGCCUAUCUAGUCACUAGGAACCAGUGAUAUCACUGAGAGUGCAGCCUAUAUAGUCACUAGGAGCCAGUGACAUCACUGAGAGUGCAGCCUAUCCAGUCACUAGGAGCCAGUGACAUCACUGAGAGUGCAGCCUAUCCAGUGACUAGGGGCUUGUGACAUCACUGAGAGUGCAGCCUAUCCCUUCACUAGGAGACAGUGACAUCACUGAGAGUGCAGCCUAUCCAAUCACUUGUAGCCAGUGGCAUCACUGAGGGUGCAGCCUAUCCAGUCACUAGGAGCCAGUGACAUCACUGAGAGUGCAGCCUAUCCAGUGACUAGGGGCUUGUGACAUCACUGAGAGUGCAGCCUAUCCCUUCACUAGGAGACAGUGACAUCACUGAGAGUGCAGCAUAUCCAGUCACUAGGAAUCAGUGACAUCACUGAGAGUGCAGCCUAUCCAGUGACUAGGGGCUUGUGACAUCACUGCAGCCUAUCCAGUCACUAGGAGCCAGUGACAUCACUGAGAGUGCAGCCUAUCCAGUCACUAGGAGCCAGUGACAUCACUGAGAGUGCAGCCUAUCCAAUCACUAGGAGCCAGUGACAUCACGGAGAGUGCAGCCUAUCCAGUCACUAGGAAGCAGUGACAUCACGGAGAGUGCCGCCUAUUCAGUCACUAGGAACCAGUGACAUCACAGAGUGCAGCCUAUCCAGUCACUAGGAACCGGUGACAUCACUGAGAGUGCAGCCUAUACAGUCACUAGGAGCCAGUGACAUCACUGAGAAUGCAGCCUAUCCAGUCACUAGGAACCAAUGACAUCACUGAGAGUGCAGCCUAUCCAGUGACUAGUGGCUUGUGACAUCACUGAGAGUGCAGCCUAUCCCUUCAGUAGGACAGUGACAUCACUGAGAGUGCAGCAUAUCCAGUCACUAGGAACCAGUGACAUCACUGAGAGUUCAGCCUAUCCAGUAACUAGGGGCUUGUGACAUCAGUGAAGUCUAUCCAGUCAAUAGGAGCCAGUGACAUCACUGAGAGUGUAGCCUAUCCAGUCACUAGGAACCAGUGACAUCACGGAGAGUGCCGCCUAUCCAGUCACUAGGAACCAGUGACAUCACAGAGUGCAGCCUAUCCAGUCACUAGGAACCGGUGACAUCACUGAGAAUGCAGCCUAUCCAGUGAUUACGGGCUUGUGACAUCACUGAGAGUGCAGCCUAUCCAGUCACUAGGAGACAGUGACAUCACUGAGAGUGCAGCCUAUCCAGUCACUAGGAACCAGUGACAUCACUGAGAAUGCAGCCUAUCCAGUGACUAGGGGCUUGUGACAUCACUGCAGUCUAUCCAGUCACUAGGAGCCAGUGACAUCACUGAGAGUGCAGCCUAUCCAAUCACUAGGAGCCAGUGACAUUACUGAGAGUGCAGCCUAUCCAAUCACUAGGAGCCAGUGACAUCACUGAGAGUGCAGCCUAUCCAGUCACUAGGAACCAGUGACAUCACUGAGCGUGCAGCCUAUCCAGUCACUAGGAACCAGUGACAUCACUGGGAGUGCAGCCUAUCCAGUCACUAGGAGCCAGUGGAAUCACUGAGAGUGCAGCCUAUCCAAUCACUAGGAGCCAGUGACAUCACAGAGUGCAUCCUAUCCAGUCACUAGGAACCAGUGACAUCACUGAGAGUGCAGCCUAUCCAGUCACUAGGAACCAGUGACAUCACUGAGAGUGCAGCUUAUUCAGUGACUAGGAGCCAGUGACAUCACUGAGAGUGCGGUCUAUCCAGUCACUAGGAGACAGUGACAUCACUGAGAGGGCAGCAUAUCCAGUGACUAGGGGAUUGUGACAUCACUGCAGCCUAUCCAGUCACUAGGCUAAAGAAUUCCACCCAAAUGACUGCCUGUGUUGUGUGUCAGGAUAGUUGUGAUGUAAUUGAUGUGAUGUCAGAAUUUAAUGCCCUGAAACUCAAUAAAAAUUAUUGUUUUAAAAAAGAAUAUAAUGUCAUUCUCUACACUUGCUAUUCAUCCUAUGACCCAUGUUUUAUAAUGACUCCGAUAGAUUGUAUAGUGUGUUAAAUAUCUAAGUGCAUAAGGAAUAUCAUUUAUUUUAUUCAUACUCGCAUAUUUCAUAGGUAUACAGCUAUACCUAUCAUAUAAUAUACCCUAACCCUCCUACCAUUUUGUUUUCUAGGUGACCUUUACACAGACAUUGGUUCACUAAUCAGAUACGUGUACUUUAACAGAGUUUAGCAGACUCAUUGUGUGUAAUAGAAUUGGAAUAAGGGUAAUUAGCUUCUAGCUGGUACCUUGUCCUAAUAUGAGCAUAUCAUUGUACUCCAAGAUGCAUGAAAUCUGUGGGAGUGUUAUAAGAAUUGGGUGUUACUGAAUAUUAUAAAACCAGUGUAUCACCAUGUUUUUCUCUGUUGAUGUCUUUGACCCGGGCUGAGAGGAUGUGGCCUCUCAGCCUGUAUAUGGGCGUGGUCUUUUUAAUAAAUAAUUGUUUUUAUAAA